GCCUUAAUGACCUAUCGGCGCGAGUGACGAGGUUGGUAAUUAAUUGGGCUGGCGCGCUCGCAGCAAAGCAGAGAUAGCUCAUCGUCAGCGCAUACAACGACAAUCACCACAUCCUUCGACUACACCACAUCUCACAUCCCGCGCGGUGUCCACCAUGGCUACAUCAAAUCCCUGCACGCUGAGCGAGAUGGCGUCGGACAACGACUUCGCCAGCUACACCAACAGCGUCCCCGAAUCAAGCACGCUCGUCAUCUACUUCCACGCGCCAUGGGCCGAACCUUGCAAGCAGAUGUCCACCGUCUUGUCCGCUCUUGCUUCCACAUACACUGCCUCCUCGCCGCCCACAGUCGCUUUCUUGGCUCUCGACGCCGAAGAGCUGAGCGAAGUCAGCGAGCAGUACGACGUCACUCAAGUCCCGUACAUUGUCAUCCAGAAAGCCGGCAAAGUCCUGGAGACCAUCUCCGGCGGUGAUGCUUCUCGUGUGCGCGCAGCUGUAGAGAAGCACGUAGGCGCAGGCAGUGGCAACGCUGGCGCUGCAGGUCUGCCCCCAGCACAACUGGUCAACAAGCCCGAGGGCGCCAGCGCAAAGAACCUCGCCUCCUACGCACCCUCGUCGAACGAUCCCACCACAGCUCCCGAGUAUUCGGCCGCCGAAGCAAACCCCGAGACGAGCAAGGAAGAAUUGAACAACAGACUCGGCGAGCUGGUCAAGGCUGCUCCAGUCAUGCUGUUCAUGAAGGGCACUCCCUCCGCCCCUCAGUGCGGCUUCUCCCGCCAGACUGUCAGCCUUCUUAGAGACAAGGGCAUCCGCUACGGCUUCUUCAACAUUCUGGCCGACGAUGAUGUGAGACAGGGACUGAAAGAGUUCGCCGACUGGCCUACUUUCCCUCAAGUAUGGGUCGGUGGCGAACUGGUUGGUGGUCUUGAUAUCCUCAAGGAAGAGUUUGAAAACGAUCCCGACUUCUUGGGCGACUACGUAGCCAGCGGCAAGAAGGGCGGGCCUGCUGCUUGAUUCGUCGCUAUCAUCCAAACGCACCUCGCCCUCAUCUUCGAGUUUCAUGUCACUUACUUAUCUCCCAAAACCUCUUACGCUCAACAUAGACUAUGACGCCUUCGAUACCAUCAAUGCAAACGUUCCCAUCUCCAGAUUAUCGGCAGCGAAGCACCAUCUGAACUAUGUACACUGUCUCUUUUCGAAGCGCUCAUUCAGGCCCUAAACUUCCCCCAAGCAGCCUCCAAGUCCGCCUCAUCAGUUGGCCGCCAUAUACGAAGUAAAUCGUGGUGAGCGGUCGAAACAUGCUUGCGCCAAACCUCUUGAGUAGCAAAUUCGAGCCCACAGCCUUGAUGGACGCAUGGAAGCGAUACCGUACUGUUUGUGUCUCGAAGAUGAUCUGCGCACAUCUGGAAUCGACUAUGACAAUCAAUAAA